AUGAGAAACCCUACUAAGCAUACCAGUGUCAUUGAGAAUCAUACCGAAGCGGAAAGGAUAACCAUUGAUAAGGAACUUCGGAAGUUUGUUACCUAUGUGUUGAAGGAAGUGGAUUCACAUGUUUUUCCAAAUGUUCAAACAUAUUUGGAAAAAGAAACUAGCCCUAAUGCUGAUUCUAGUGAAAAGGUUGAUGAAUUAAGUAAGAAGAAGGUUGAUUAUGUUGUCAAUGUUGAUGACCUAACAUCUGAUGAGGAACCCCUUACCAAAAUCGUGACUCUUGGUAUAGCCAAGAGACUUCAGAGAAGAAAAGGAAAGGUUGUGAUGUUUGAAGAUUCUCCUUCUAAGGAGAUAAAAAGAAAAUAUGGUGGUAUGAAAAGAACUCCCUCUAGAAGUUCCAAAGGAAAAUCCCAUGUUGGUCCUGCUAGAUCAUGGAGUAAAGUUGUUACACCUACGAGGAAGAGGAAAGUUGUUUCUUCAAGUGAUUCUGAGUUUGAGGUCGAAGAGGAUGUCCAGGACAUCACCCCUGUGAGAAGAUCUGCUACAAAGAAGCCUUAUGUUGUUUUGCCCGAGGCUCCACUACACAAUGUGUCAUUACAUUAUGUGAAGAAUGCUGAAAGAUGGAAGUAUGUUAUUCAAAUGAGGAUAGCUUUAGAGAGGGAAUUGGGUAAGGAUGCCUUAAAAUGUAACGAGGUUGUAGAGCUUAUAGAGGCUGUUAGGUUGAUGAAGACUGUCACAAAAUUUGGUCCUUCAUAUGAAAGUCUAGUCAAGGAUUUUGUGGUGACCAUCUCUGAUGGUGUGAUGAUGUGA